AUGGCAUACGGCGAGGCACUUAAGCUUGUAAAUCCAGGUACCAUAUUUGAGGUUGAAGUAGAAGACGGACAAUACUUUAAGUACGUCUUCAUGGCUUUUGGUCCGUGUAUCAGGGGUUUUCUAAACUGCAUCCGCCCAGUAGUUGUUGUUGAUGGGACCCAUUUACAUGAGAAAUACAAAGGUAUGUUGUUAAUAGCAACGUGUAUCGAUGGAAAUAACAACAUAUAUCCUAUCGCCUUUAGUAUUGUAGAUGUUGAGAAUGAUGCAUCAUGGACUCGGUUCAUGACUCAUUUGAAGGCUUCAAUAGGAGACAUUCCCAAUCUAGUGAUUAUAUCAGAUCGUCACAUCUCAAUUGUAAAGGCGGUUGCAAGGAUAUUCCCUGAUGCAUUUCAUGCCCUAUGUAUAUACCGUAUUCGGAACAAUUUGCUGGACAAAUUCAAGAAUAAGAAUAUAAUCCCACAUUUCUACCUAUUGGCGAAAGCAUAUAGAAUGUCUAAAUUUCAUAUGUAUUGGGCUAAGCUCCAUCAAUAUCCUGGUGUGACGGCUUAUCUUGAGGAAGUUGGAUUACAACGGUGGGCAAGGGUUUAUCAAGUCCAUUGUACAUGUGAAAAGAUGAUGAAAAAUAUAGUAGAAUGUCUCAAUAGAGUGUUGAAAGAUGCCCAAGAACUACUAAUAAUAAAGCUAUUAGAGCAUAUCCGCGAGUGGCUACAAGGUUGGUUCUAUAUCCGACGUACACACGCAAUGGCAUGA